AUGGGCAACUAUUCAAAAGCACUUUUGGCUUAUGAAAAAGCGAUUGAAAUUCGAAUAAAAACUCUCCCGCAAAACCAUCCUGAUUUAGCAACUAGUUACAGUACUAUAGGCACUGUAUACGAAAAUCUUGGAGAAUAUUCAAAAGCUGUUCAAUUCUAUGAAAAAGCACAAGAAAUCUUAGAGAGUUCUGUUCAAUUAGAUCAUCCAUCUUGGAUUCUUUUAUGUGACAGUAUUGCACGUAUUUAUCAUCAUUUGGGAGAUUACACAAAAGCACUUUCAUUCCACGAAAAAACAUUACGGAUUUGUGAACAAUCUCAACAACCGAAUCAACAUUAUUUAGCUGGUAUUUACAAUAAUAUCGGAACGCUUUAUCACAAAAUAGGAGAAAAUUCAAAAGCACUUUCAUUUUACACAAAAGCACUUGACAUUCAAAAAGUAUUUCUUCCAAAAAAUCAUCCAAAUUUAGCUACCAAUUAUAACAAUAUCGGAUCAGUAUAUAUCAAGAUGGGCGAUUACAAAAAAGCACUCUUAGCUUUUGAAACGUCACUAGAAAUUCGUCAUUUAUGUUUGCCUUCAAAUCAUCCUAGUUUAGCUACUACCUAUAACAACAUCGGAUCAGUGUAUAAUAGAAUGGGUGAAAACUCUAAAGCGCUCGAAUUUUAUAAAAAGACGCUCGAAAUUCAAAAGCUAUCUUUACCGAUUACCCAUCCAAGUUUAGCUACUACCUAUAAUAAUAUGGGUGCACUCUAUGAUGAUAUAGGAGAACAAUCAAAAGCUAUUGAAUCGUAUGAAAACGCACUUCAAAUUCAGCAAAUAUCACUUGGUGAAAAUCACCCUAAUUUAGCACAUAUUUAUAACAAUAUCGGGACAAUCUAUGACCAUUUAAAUGAUUAUUUUAAAGCACUUUCAUUCUAUGAAAAAUCACUUAAAAUUCGUGAGAUAUCUCUUCCGAUAAAUCAUCCUGAUCUUGCUAUCAGUUACAUCAAUCUUGCCUCCUUAUACAAUAAAAUGGAAGAAAAAUCUAAAGCACUACUGUUUUAUAUAAAAGCAUUAGAUAUUCAACAAAUCUGUCUUUCUAAAGAUCAUGUUGAUUUUGUCACAAGUUAUUAUCGUAUCGGUUCUAUCUAUGAGUCAAUGGAAGAAAAGACAAAAGCAUCUGAAUAUUACCAAAAAGCACUUGAAACAAUGGAGAAAACUCUUGAUCCAUUUCAUAUAAGUUUUAUUAGUAUAUAUAAUAAUAUCGGAUUAUUUUUUAAUACAAUCAAAGAAUAUUCAACAGCACUUUUAUCAUUUGAAAAAGCGCUUCGAAUUCUUAAAAACUCUUCUGAAACAAGUUUAUUUGAUUAUGCAUGUGUUUACAAUAACAUCGGUUUAAUUUAUUAUAAUAUGGAAGAUUAUUCAAAAGCAAUUUUAGUGUAUGAAAAAGUUCUUCAAAUGACACAAACAUUUCUUCAUUCAAAUCAUCCAGAAUUAAUAACUGUUUAUAAUAAUAUUGGAUCGGCAUAUCAGAAAACAGAACAAUAUUUAAAAGCAAUUACAUUUUACGAGACAACACUUCAAAUACAACUAAAUACACUUUCUCCUUCAACGAAUUUAAACAUUGUAUCAACAUACAAUAGAAUAGGCAAGAUUUAUCAUCAAAUGAAAGAAUUUACUAAUGCACUUUCUCAAUAUAAAAAGGCAUUGGAAAUUCUUCAAAUGUCAUCUCCUGAAGAACAUCAUAGCUCGGCGAUUACUUAUGAAAACAUCGGUACAUUAUAUGAAGACAUGAAAGAUUAUCAGAAAGCACUGUCAUUUCAUGAAAAAGCGCUAGAAUAUCGACAAAAAUUUCUUCCACUAAAUCAUCCUGAUUUAAUUACUUAUCAUGAAAAAAUUAAAAGUCUGUAUGGAAAGAUCGAAACGAGUUCUACAUAA